AUGGAGGUCGAAUCAGCUCUUCAUUCAUGUAAAGUUCACCUGUUUCGAGCCAGAACUAGCAGGCUUCAUAUUUUCUUCCACUUAACAGCUGUAUCUUUAUUGCUUUAUUAUCGUCUCACACAUCUUUUCCCCCAAAGCAGUAGACUAAUGUUCUUCGCAUGGGCUCUCAUCACUGCCUCCGAAAUCAUUCUCGCCUUCAUUUGGGCACUUACACAAGCCUUUCGUUGGCUCCCGGUAUCCCGUUCGGUCUCCAUUGAAAAGAUUCCUAGGGAUAUUAGUUUACCGGGGAUAGAUGUGUUUGUAUGCACGGCUGAUCCCCAAAAAGAGCCCACUGUCGGGGUGAUGAACACUGUUAUAUCGGCCUUAGCACUUGAUUAUCCACCGGAGAAAUUGUCUGUGUAUCUUUCGGACGAUGGAGGUUCUUAUAUUAACUUGUAUGCUAUAAAACAAGCUUUUGAAUUUGCAAAGUGUUGGGUUCCGUUUUGCAAGCAUUAUGGAAUCAAAACCAGGUGUCCUGAGGCUUAUUUCUCCAUGUUAGCUGAUGAUGAGAGGCUUUUUUGGAGUGAUGAAUUCAAGCUCCAAGAGGAGGAGAUUAAGUUAAAGUAUGAAAAUUUCAAGAGCAAUGUGGAGAAAGUAGGUGAAAAAGAUGGAAACAGUUGCGUGGCGCUAGACCGACCGCCUUUUGUUGAGGUUAUACAUGACAAUGGCGAGGCUAAUAUAGAGUGCAAAGAUGAGCGAACCAAAGUGCCUCGCCUGGUCUAUGUCUCACGUGAAAGAAGGCCAUCCUCUGCUCAUCGUUUCAAAGCUGGAGCUCUCAACACACUUCUCCGAGUUUCUGGGAUAAUCAGCAAUGCCCCCUACAUUUUGGUUCUGGACUGUGACAUGUUCUGUAAUGACCCAAACUCUGCUAAACAAGCAAUGUGCUUUCACCUUGAUCCUCAGAUGUCUGAUUCUCUCGCCUUUGUUCAAUACCCCCAAGUUUUCUACAAUGUCAGCAAGAACGAUAUCUAUGAUGGACAAUCUAGAUCAGCUUACAAGACGAAAUGGCAAGGUAUGGAUGGGCUAAAAGGGCCAUUACUGUCAGGCACUGGCUUUUACGUGAAGAGAAAUGCAUUAUUCGGCUGUCCAAAUCAAGAAGAUAAGUACCAGUACCUUGCUGAGCCCGAAAAGAAUUUUGGUACUUCUAGCAAGCACAUAGAUUCGCUCAAGUCUAACAAAGAACAAGAUUUCACAAAGAAGGAGGAUUCAUCGGAUUCUAUUGUUGAAGAGGCCAAACGUUUGGCCUCUUGUUCUUAUGAAGAAAACACAAAAUGGGGUAAAGAGGUGGGGUUCUCGUAUGAGUGCCUGUUGGAGAGUACAUUCACAGGAUAUCUGUUGCACUGCAAAGGGUGGAAGUCUGUGUACCUUUAUCCGCAAAGGCCAUGUUUCUUGGGCUGCACCACCAUUGACAUGAAGGAUGCUAUGAUUCAGCUUAUGAACUGGAGCUCUGAAUUGAUCAAAAUAGCUCUGUCCAAAUUCAGCCCUCUCACUUAUGGCAUGUCAAGAAUGCCCUUUCUUCAAAGCAUGUGCUAUGGAUACUUCACAUUCCAGCCCCUUCUUUCCCUGGCGCUCAUCUUGUAUGGCAUAGUUCCCCAACUUUGCCUCUUGAAUGGCACCACCUUGUACCCAAAGGUUUCAAGUCCAUGGUUUGCUGUGUUUUCGACCGUGUAUAUCUCCUCCCUUUGUCACCAUAUCUACGAAGUCCUCUCAACCGGUGGCACAUUUACAACAGUUUGGAAUGAACAAAGAAUCUGGAUAAUAAAAUCAGUCUCUGGAAGCCUAUUUGGAUGCAUAGACAUGGCGAUGAAGCGGCUUGGCAUAAAGAAAGAGCACUUGAGAUUAACCAACAAGGCUGUGGACAAGGAAAAGUUUGAGAAAUAUGAAAAGGGCAUAUUCAAUUUCGAGGGAGCCAAAAUGUUUACAGCUCCAUUGGCAAUAUUGGCUCUGUUAAACACGGUGUGCUUCUUUGGUGGGAUGAUCAGAGUGAUUAGGCAGAAUAAUAUUGAAGAGAUGUUUGGGCAGGUGUUCCUCUCUUCUUUGGACCUGGUUUUCAGUCUGCCGAUUCUUGGAGGGAUGAUUGCAGCACUCAUCUGA